AUGCCUAUUCCAGUCGAGAAUGUCGGGUCCCUUCCACGCCCUCAAGAACUCCAAAUGACGCUGACGGCCUAUGAUAACGGUGAGGCAACAUACGACCAACUCGUCAGAGCCCAAGAUCAGGUCUGCAAGGACUCCAUUGCCCGCAUGGAGAGCGUCGGACAGACCUCUGUCACGGAUGGCGAACAGAGAGCCAGCAGUUUCGCCACCUACCCGCUCCUCGACACCCUCGGGGGCAGUGGGCUCGCCGAGAAUUUGACUCUCGAUGGGCAGCACUUCGCAAUCUUCGAGGAUGGCCACCACCGUCAGCUUCCCCGUCUCACGCGCGGUCCCUUCAGAUAUAAACACUACGCUGCAGACUUCCUGGAGCUGUCCAAGAAGUUUUCCAAGCUCCCACUCAAGCAGGCCGUGAUCGCGCCGAGCAUGUUGUACCUUCUCUACCCCCUCGAGGGGAGCAUCGAGGGAUACACUCGAGAGCAAUUCCUCGACGAUCUCGUCGACGAGUGCGAGAAGGAUAUCCGUAAAUGCUUCGAAGCCGGCGCCGUUAGGGUCUCUAUCGACUUUACCGAAGGCCGUCUAGCAUUGAAGAACGAUCCCAGAAACCCAUGGACCAAUUACAGCCUCUUGGACACCUUCGUCAACCUGAACAACCGCGUCCUGGAGCGCUUCUCCCCCCAGGAGCGCAAGGAUAUCGGUAUCCACACUUGUCCUGGGGGAGACUGCGACUCCGUGCAUAGCAUGGACGUCGACUAUGCAGAUCUCCUUCCAAGCCUCUUCCAGAUCAACGCUGGUUACUUCCUCGUCCAGUGCUCCAGCGAGCCGGAUAAGGAGAAGGUGUACGAGCUCUGCGGAAGAUAUUCCCACGACGACCAGGUCGUCUUCAUCGGCGUCGUCAACCCCCUCCACCCCUCCGUCGAGACCGCCGAGGAAGUCUGCGACGCCUUGGUCACCGCGGCGAGGUAUAUCCCCAAACAUCGCCUCGGCGCUACCGACGACUGCGGAUUCAGUCCCUUCAGCAACGACGUCAAGCCGAAACAUGGCGGCCCCGACGUCGCUAGGGAUUUGGCGUUCAAGAAGAUGAAGGCUCGCUGUGAUGGAGCUAAGAUGGCUAGCCUUAGAUUGGGUAUUUUUUGA